AUGGACAUCAACCUGUACAUCCACAGUGUUGAAGUGGAGCUGGCCAGGGGGGACACAACUGUGAGGGAGGAUGAGCAGGAGGAAGCAAAUGUGGUGUACUGCCUGCAUAUUAAAGUGGAGAGUGGGGACUCAAGGGGAGAUUCAAGCAGUUGGGCAAAUGGUCAGCCAAGUAGUGACGCAGGUGGCCGCUCCUAUGGCGCGCAGCGUGAUCUGAAGAACGAAAUGCCGAAUGGACUCUUUUAUGAAACGCCAUGGUACAUGUGCGUGAAGAAGGGACAAAACGAAAUAUGCCUCAUGUCUUACGAAGUGAACAUUUCACACGCCUUUAACAUGCUGGAGAAGGAUGAGGGGCUCAUCCUGUACGUGCUGCGGAAAGACCUGAACAAAGACAAAGUGGAUUAUCUGCACCGAAGCGAGCUCAACAUGAAGAACAAAAGACUCUACGAUAAGAACUAUUGUAUCCUUUUCGAAAAUGAUAAACUAAAGGGGAAAAUAAAAGUGCAUUUAAAAAAUGGAAUUAUAUAUAAUAACACGUUAAGUGAAAUAAAAACGGGUAAUUAUUUGAAAGACGUCCAUGUGGAGAAAUUUUUGCCGAGUGAAUUUCCCACAGAGUUAGGUCAAGCACAAGUGGACGAAAGGAUUGACCUUGGUCCAAAAGAACAAAGCGGAUUGUCACAAGACAAGAAUAUAAUUAACGAAUUUAAUGAACUGCUUAACGCGAGGAGAAUUUUAUACUGGGUCUACAUAGACGACAACGGGAAGGAACAAGGCCCCUUCAACAGCAACACCAUUUUUACUUGGAUCAUAAAUGAGUAUUUUGAGGACGAUACUUUGAUCAGAUUACACGAUAAGGGUAAGUACUACAAAUUGUGCGAAGUGAUUGGCUAUAUUGAAAAAAACGUGUUACUAAAUUCGGGCAGCCAUGAACUGGUUGGUGACAACAUUCAGGGUGCCCUUUCCCAGGGAGUGAAUAAAAAUUGGGAAGUUUCGAAAGGGAGCCUAACGGAGAAACAGAAAAUUUUCAUCCACGGGGGAGCUACUACCAGAAAUAACAUGGCCGAUUACGUCAUAAACAAAAGUGAGAUGUAUUUUCCCGAAGGAGAGUACGUUGGACAGUACACGGAGAAAACUUCCGAAAAAUUAAGCGACAAGUACAGCAACGAAGUGGAUGCAACUAAAUCCACUUGUGAUAUUCGCAGUAAAAGUGAAGAUUUUCCAAAGGGGACAGAUGCCACAAUUCAGAACACAGCGCAUAGUAGCAAAAAUGGAAAAAAAAAAAAUCAAGUGAAAAGGCUGAAAAAGGAGAUUAAAAGGAUCAAGGACGAAAUGGUUAAAUUGAAGGAAAGUGCUUGCUCGAGUACACGUGCCAUUUGUAACGAUGCGGAGGUGGAGGCACGUCAUGACUGGUCCCCUCGGUGUGGGGAGGACAAGACGUCCAAUUUAUUGACCAACGGGGCAUCGAAACAGAAUUCCUGCACCACCCAAAAGGAAUCCCAGAUCAACACAAAUAAUAAUGUAACUCAUGAGACGACGCAAUUUGGAUUUCCCCAUGAAAAUGGCAAACCACACACAUAUCAGUGUGAACAGAACGUAGGGAGAAGUACCGCCCAGAAUAACGGAAAGAGUGUAACAACUGGACAUGUUAAAGCGUGUGUAAAUUACGCCAAUGAUCCUUUUUCAAGCGAAGCAGACAUGAUUGAAAAAAUAAUUAGUGACAUUAAUGAAGAGUUUCGAAUAAAAGAAAGUCACCAAAAGCAGAGGUGCAUGGAAAUUGCCAUGAGUAGUAUAAGUCAAGCUCAGGAGUGUCUUCUCAACAUAAAGAAGAAGCGAAUGACAUCCUACUUGAACAGAAUAAUAAAUUUAUCAAUUCAUGAUGAGGCAAUAUACAUCGGGGAGGACAAUCGUGAAAUUAUUCCUAUGGAGUGGAGACACUUUAGGAAGAAAGCCGCGAAUAAUGGCCCCUUCCAAGGUAUACGCACUGUUGCUUAUGAUGGUUCGUGUGAAAUAUGCCCAGCUUGUGCUACUCCAAAGAAGGCAAUUUUUAACAGGAAUGUGUUAGGAAGUAUCGAUCAGGUGACAGGUAAAAAGGGUUACCUACACGCAGGGGGGAGGUUCUCAAAUGGGGGCUUCGUAAUCACCCCGAGGGAGCAGAAGAAGGUGGGAUAUUCUUUAGUAAUAAAUAAGGGGGCGCUAAAAAGUGCUGAGAGGGUUAAAUUGGUGAAUGGGGAAGGCAGAGCGCAGAGAAGGAGCUGCGAGAAUGUUUCCAAAGAACAGGCAACCACUCUGUGCCUCAACCAGCAGAACAAUGCAGAAGUUGUGUACAACUACUACGUAAGUUACGAUCAAUUUUUAAAGUGCAUAAUUUUGAUACAGCGCAGUGUAAGGAUGUGGCUAAAUAGAAGGAAAAGGCGUAGUUCCGAGUGGAGCAAAAACCAAUACAAUGUCCGCAAGUCGGAUCAAUUAGGCCACCGGUGUGCUUUUAGCUGUAGCGUCGUAGGUGGCAAUCAUGGGGAGAAGGAGAAAGACCCAGGAGAAGAUUCAACUGGAAUGAAAAAAGAAAAGUACAAGCCGGAUAUAAUAAAUCGUACAUUCGAAAAUGUGCAUUUUGUGAAUAACCAAAAGAAAGAAAUAAAUGAAUUGUAUGUUACUUUUUUAGAGCAAGAAGUGGGAAACAAAAUGGAAGGAAGGAAUGCACCUAUAUUCCCAUCCCAGCUACAGAGUGUUGAAGGGAAGAGAGAUGACAUUCGUAUGGGUUCCUCUCCAAAUGGUGACUACCUUUUUAAUAAGAAGAACCAGAUGAAUAAUUAUGAGGAAGACGAACUGAGGAGGAGGUGCAACGACAGGGGACUACUUAACAGGGCUGACGAGCUUCAUGAAGACAUACUUGAAAAUGGAGGAAACUCGUUCAGAAGGGAAGAUACCAAAAUAGUUAAAGAAACAUUUGGCGUCAAAAGUGACAAUAUAAGCUUUGAUCGAGAGGAGGUUAGAUCAUCUAAGCGAAAUGUGCAUGACCUUUUGUGUAACCUGCUAAGUAAGUACAAAAGUGCGGCCGAGGAAAACGAGACGAACGAAAAAUUGAGCAACCUGCACCCAAACGAACAAUUUACACGUAACCUAAAAAAGUACAAUAGCUUCCUCAAGUCGAUAGAAAAAAAAGACAUCCCUGGAAAGAGGGACACAUUACUAUCAGUUGUGAACGACUUGAAAUUUGACAACAUAUUGAGUGAAAAGAAAAAAAAUUGCCAAGUGCAAAGGGGCUUAAAUAGCAGUUCCGCUAUGCACAGGCCAUGUUCGUUUCUGAGCUAUAGGGAAUCCCCCUCCCAUAACUACAGUUACAAUGAUAAAGUACAGAAUGGAGUGAACGACGGUAUCACCAAGGGGGGAAGUGACAUAGGCACAAGUGACAACAAACUGGCAAAAAUUAAAUUUCUCCAAAGGGGCAAUUUUUUUUGUAAAAAUUUUUCCGAAAAAGAAGGAAAUGUGAUGGACUAUCCCGUGGGCAAAAAUAAUGUGAACCAUGUUUUAUUGAACAAAGUUGGCAAUAAAAAUUUGAGAAACACCAUAACGGAUAAUUCUUAUGAUGGAUGUUAUUCAGAUCGUUUUAUAGGAGAUCGUCACCGUGUCUUCAUUACGAAGAGGUGA